GCUCGCAGUGACGUAGUGGGCACGGCUCAGACCAACACUCAACGUAAACUGGGUAAACAGUCUUCAUGUCCUCCUUACUGAAACCACGGGAGCACAGCACGAGGCUUUGACCAUAACUGUAGUGACACUGUAUCGCCGGAAAACAUUCGUGACGAGACAUCUUGGAAGCAAAACAGAAGAGGGAGGUGGCUACUUGGUUGUCACAAGAGAAAAUUAUUCCACAAGACAUAUUAACUGUCAUCUGUGCGGAGGACAAACGGCUCAACUGCCUGGAUCGUAACACUUGAAAGAGGGGUGUUCUAAAGAGUGACCAGAGGCGAUUAUGGUGAACUAUUAUAGUUUGCUGGGAGUAUCCAGGAAUGCUUCGCAGGAUGACAUCAAGAAGGCGUACAGGAAAUUGGCCCUGAAAUGGCAUCCGGAUAAAAAUCCAGACAACAAGGAAGAGGCAGAGAGAAAAUUCAAAGAAGUUGCUGAGGCCUAUGAAGUCCUGUCUGACAAAAGCAGACGAGAUGCAUAUGACAGAUAUGGAAAUGACAAUGUGCGGCACUCAGGUUCUACCACUACAGACUUCUCAGACCUCCCAGAAUUCACCUUCACAUUUCGCAACCCGGAUGAGGUGUUCAGAGAGUUUUUUGGUGGACAGGAUCCUUUUGCUAGCUUUUUUGAUGACUUUGCAUCGUUUGGAGUCCCACAUUCUCGCCUUGGCCCCAGUCGAUUUUUCUCUUUUCCCUCAUCUGGAGUUGAAUUUAGCUCUUUUUCCUCCUCUUUCGGUGGUCUCGGCGGGAUGGAGAGCAUGGGAGGUCCUAACUUCAGAUCGGUUUCUACCUCCACUCGCAUUGUAAAUGGAAAAAGCACCACCACCAAAAGGAUAAAUGAAAAUGGGAAGGAGAGGAUAGAGAUUGAAGAGGAUGGGGUAUUAAAGAGUGUUCUUAUCAAUGGUGUGGAAGAUGAAAUGGCUCUCGCAGUUGAGCUCAGCAGAAGAGAAGGAGAGAAGUCCUCUAAGAAAUCCUCCAUCAUGAACGAAUCAGCCCACCACAACGACCGCUCUGCGACUCCCCUUCGCUCAUUUAGUGCAGCUCCCAGCUACAAUCAUGUGGCUACAGGGGACAGCGAAGAUGAUGAAGAUGAAGACCUUCAGAUGGCUUUGGCGUGCAGCCUGUCAGAAAUGGAGGCCCAGCAGAAAGCCAAUUCUACUAACUUCAUAUCAGGUGCUCGGGGUUGGGGCAGAACCAAAUGUGGUAAAAUUGAGAAGGGCUGCACGAGAGAAGGGCUUGUAAAUGGACAAAAAGUUAAUUUGUCCAGUGGUUGCAAAGUAGCUGCAGGAGAGCGAGAUGAUGGAGGUCACUUUGAAUCUGGCACAAGAUCUGGAAAUAUUAUUGAAACGAAGCAAAAGGGAACCAAAGAGCCAUCCCCAGCUGCUGCUACAAGUGAAGAAAAGGUCAAACCUGCAGCAAAAACAUCUGAAGGCUGUGUGAAAAAGAAAAUGUGUGGGUGUGUUAUGUGCUAGUGUGGUUUAAAUGCAUAUUUGGGAAGGCUUCCCAUGCUUAUACUUACCAUGGUGUCAACUAACCACACUGCAUUGUGAGUGCAAAAAUCCUUCUUCAAGGUUAAAGAUUUUGAUGUCAAAAAUAGCAGUUGAAAGAAACAAACUUUAAAGUCUUGGAGUGUUUGUUUUCAGUGUGUAAUCUUGACUUCUGCUCAUGAGGUCAGGUGAACCUCAAAAUUAAACUUGUUUGGAUUUGUAGCUGCAAAGGACAUCAAAUGAUUGUUUCUGAAUGACUGUGCAUGUGCCAGUUUUAAUAUUUUCACAGAUGGGAAAGGGAAUGUCUGAGUAGGAUGAGAGCUGACAGGGGGAAUGUGUAGAAAGUUAGAUGAGAAACACUUUGAGUUUUGUAUUCUUAAGAGAAAUUAUUAGAAAUUGGGGAUAGUGUGUUUUUUGGAUUUGAGCUACAAAACAUUUGGUUUCAGUGAGAAGGUUUGAAGUGGGAUUGUUCAUUAACAGGUUGGUGCUAAGGAAUUAGAUGAAAAAUAUUAGGUUCUUUUUAAAGAACAAGCAAAAGCCUUAUGACAAUGAAACGUGUAAAACGAGCUCUCUGUUUGUCUAAGUGUGUGGGUUAACUGCAAUUCUGCCACAGAAUGUUCUCGUUCAGACUCUAUGGCAAAGGCUCAGUAAUUGAAAUGUGCAUCACACAGGAUGUUCUGUGGCAGUUUUUGUCUUUGAUUAGAUAAGUCUGUAAUUUACUGAGAAUCAUUGAUUAAAAAUGAAAUUAUUUGAAGCACAACAUCUGAACUUAGACAUGUUCAAAAUGCACACAGUUUUCUUAACAAACUACCUUAAAGAACAGAGUAAUUAAAUGUACAGUGCCUUGGGAAAGUACUUCUUGGAUAAUUUUAGCUCAAACGUUUUAUACCGCCAAUGUAGGCGAAAGGCGUACCAAAUGAAACUUUUUGAUCUAGAUGAUAAGCGCCUUAAAUAAUGCCUGACCUAACACAGAACAUCACCUUCAAGACACCAUCCCCAUUGUAAGACAUGGUGGUGGCAGCAUCAUUCUGUGGGUAUAUUCUUCUUUUGAAAGAAUGAAGAUGGUCAGUGUUGACUGGAAGGUGAAUAGAAGUAAACAAAGUAAAGUACAAAGAAACUUUACAAGUCUACAGACUUGUAAAGAGUCUGUAGAAGAGUCAAAGAUGUGGUGGUUCUCCUUCCAGUGGCACUGAGCAGACAGCCAUAGCUGCAUCUCUAUAGCUAACUCUAAAGAUACUCUUUAGAGUUAGAAAGGCGUAGUCAAAUACCUUAAAAUGGAUGCUAACUGAUCAAAUCUAUCCAAUCUAACUAAGCUUGAUCUGUUUUACUUUUGGUUAAAAAUGCCUUUAGAGGUGCAAAGCUAUACUGGAAUGAAUCAGUAGAGCUGAUGUUAUUAAGGUAUAGCUUCAGAAUACUAUCAGAGCUACACUUACCUUGAAUUGGAUUGUUGUGACUUCAGGGAAGUAGUUGGUCCUUCACCUGGAGGUCACUGGUGCAAUUCCCAACUUUCUCGGUUUUCAUUCAGUGAUCUUGGACAAGAGACUAAAAUCCCAAGUUGCUUCAGAAUAGUUUGGCUACGGGUAAGCUGCUUUAGAUAAAAGCAUCCUCUUACUUGAUAAAGUGCAAAUUUGUCAUUUCUACUAUUUCUUUUUAAGAAAUAACCAACAGAUGAAGACAAUAGCAAAUAAAUUAUGUUACAAAUUUAAAAAAAUGUGAGGUUGCCAUUUAUCUUCCCGUUUAUAUUUUUAUGCACUCUUUACUCUCACCAUUGCACUGUAAUGGCACAUUACUUAAACUACAGUAAUAAAUCUUUAUGUGCACAUUAAAGUGUAGAAUUUAAUAGGUACAGAGAGCUUGUGUGUGUGUGCGUGUUAGUGUGGGCUAUUGCUAUGAUUGGUGCUGACUUAUUUGAGAAAACUUUGUUUUAGACCUUGAAUGAGGAAAAAAAUCAUGUUUAAUGGUCCAAUAGUAACUGUGAAAAGGAUUGUUUUUAUAGAAAUUGCAUCUUAAGUUAAGAACAGUCUUGCUGGUGCCAAAUGCCAAAACAUAAAAAGUAAGUUAGCAGUAGUGUCUAGUGUUAAAGCUAUAGACCAGCCAGUCUGACUUAUUUUUCUGGUUCCUCAUACAUGUUAAUGUUCUGGCACACACAUUUCAUCGGUGCUUUAAUUGUUUCACGUUUUGAGUGUUUUGGAUACAAUUAUUACUAUCACUGGCAAAGGAAAAGGAAAUAAAUGAAUUAUAUUGAACGAAUAAAAGAUCAUUCCUCCUCUUAAUUGUUAGUAUGAAGAACAACACCCUUAACAAUAAAGAGGAGGAAUGGUAGAAUGUUGUAUUAAUUGCCUUGCAAUAUUGUUCUAGUUUGCACUACAAUGUUAUUUUUUUAAACAUUGCUUAAUGAAAAAUGACAAAUAAAAAUUGAGCCUAAAGAUGAGUUUGGAUUAUUUUUUUCAGAUUUUAAUAUUGCUUCUUUCAAUCAUCUUACUGUGUCUGAAAUGAUAGUUAUAUUUUUAUUUCCGACUGGAUAUAAGUCCUGUCUCAUAAUUUACAUAAUCAAAUAUUUCAUUUUAAUCUCAGUGCAUGAGUGAAAGCC